AUGCGGUUAAUAGAUGUAUAUAAUAAAGAUGUAUAAUAAGUCUUACUUGGUAUAGAUAUAUUUGGCCAAAGUUUCACUAUUAAUGUAAAUGGAAAACGAAAUUAUACUACUGCUUGUGGUGGCAUAACUUCAGUAUUAGUGAUCGCUAUAGUAAUUAUGAGUUCAUGGAAUACAAUUAUGAAUUUUUUUUGGAAAUCCUCUUUAUAAGUAUCUAUUUUUUCUGAACACAAUUUGGAUUCACCGAUUAUCCAAUUAGAUUCUGAUAAUUUUAUGCUAGCCAUUGGUCUAAAAUAAAUAGACAAUGUAGAUUUACAAUAUUUUGAAAUUGUGAUUGAAUAGAGGUAAGUAUAAUUGUUAUUUUAAGGUUGUAUGACAAUAAUAUUGAGUAGAUUAGUAAUAUUGAAUUAGAAAAAUGUUCAAAUGAAAAACUAUUAAAACUUUAAGAAAACUAAGCCAUCAAUUUGACUUAAAUGUUUGCAUAAAAAUACUUUGGAUCCCUUUUGUGUCUCAAGUAUUUCAUUUAUUCAUAUGUAGAAAUAAUCAAACAUUAAAUUUUCAUUAGUCGGGUUCAGGUAUUUAUGUAAUUUAAAAAAGAUCGAUUGGAAUUUUUGAGAAUUAAUAUAAAAAAAUGCUAAAAUUUUACAAAUUCAGAAUUAAGAUGUGCAUCAGAGGAUGAAAUCAAUAAAUUUAUACAGAAGAAUCGAUAAUUCACAUUACAACUGUAUUUUGUCAAUUAUGUUAUUAAAUAUCUUAAUCUUAGAUACUGAACCCAUAUAAUUCAGGUUAAGAUUAUAUUCAAAAAUUCCUAGAUGAUUCAGUUACAAUAAGUUUUAUACCUUAAAAAUUAUUAAGAUCAACAACCUUACUUUUGAAAAAGCAUAAUUUAAUAAAUGAUGAAAGUGUUAUGCCUUUUUAGUAAAUCAUAAAUUAUAAUUAGAUAAAAUGUUAAAUCAGAAAUCAAUUUAAUAUCUUCUGCAGAUAAAAUAGAAAUAGUUGAUUUAGGAAGAGAAGAUGAUGAAGUAUAUGGAUAUAUAGAUGUAAAAUAAGAUUUAUUCACUGUUACAAUCAAGAGAUCUUGUCUAAAAUUACAUAAUUUACUUUCAUAAAUUGGAGGUUUAUUAUAAGCUUUAUCCUUAGUAAUAGGGUCUUUAAUAGUAUAAUAUAAUAAAUUAUAAAGUAAAUAUAAAUUAUAUAUAAUAGUGUCAUUAGAUUUGGCAAAUUAAAUAUUUUAAUUUGAAAAGAACUCUGAAGUAAAAAUAGAAUAGAUUAAAUAAUUAAAAGAAAUCAAUAAUGUUAUUGAAUAAUAGAAAGAAUAAUCAAGAAUUGAAAAGUCUCCUGAAAGUUAGAGAUAAUUAUAAAAAUCUUAAGUAGAUUUCACAUAUUCUGGAAAAUAAGUUAAUAAACUAUUUUUUAAUGUAUUGAGAUCUUAAUUUGAAUUUCAAACUUCAUCAGAAAGAAAGAUACAAAUUGAUUAGAGAAAUAGGAUUAUUUCAAAGCAAUUUAAUUUUGAAAAGAAUAAUACUAAAUGGGUAUAGAAAUUUGGAUAUACAAGUUCUAAAGAUUAUUUUAAAAAAUCAAUUAUAGGAAUAUUAAAUAGAUAUUCACCAUUAAUAUUAAAUUUUAAAUUUCUCAUUAAUCAAAUAACAUUUGGUAAAUUGUUUUAAUGUAAUGAUUCUAAAUUAUUAGAAGAAGCUUUGAAAAAGAUUAAUAUGUUAUCAGAUUCAAAGUAUCUCUUUGAAAAAUUAACUGAAAUAGAUAAACUUAAAUAAAUAUUACUUACUAAGGAUUAAUUAACUAUCUUUAAUUUCACUUCUAAACCAAUAAUAAGUUUGAAAAUGAAAAAUAGAAGAACUUCAAAUAAUUCUCUUUAUAGAUAAUAUAAUUAAUAUAUUCAAAAUAAAUAAAAUCUAAUUGAUGAUAUUGUUUAUAAUUAUGAAUAGGUAUUAUAAGUUUAUGAAAAAAUAGAAUCAACCAAAAACUUAUAUCCAGAAAAUCAUUAUUAAAAUCAAAUUAUAAGUAGAUUAAUUAAAUAAAUUAAUCCUGAAUUAUUAACAAUAUAUAGAUUGUAGAAAUAUAUUGAAAAUUAAGAAGUAAUAGAAUAAAUAAGUGAAGUUGAAUAAUAAUAAAACAGUGUGA